AUGCUGCCUCGAUCAUCUCUCGCCAGAACCUCGAUGGCCUUAGGAUCAGCGUUUUCACGUAGAUCCGUCCUUGCCUCAAGGACCGUCCUGAGACCUACGCCAGUUUCCAAAUGUGUCUCUUGUCUGAGUACUACUCAGAGCUUACAAUCUUUACUACAAUCCCGAGGAUACUCAGCUGCUGCUCAACCCAAACAUGACGAUGAUUUCUUUGUCACUGAACCCAUCCAAUCUCAAUCUUCCCCUUCCACAUCCACCUCAACUGCUACACCUUCAUCCUCCGCUUCUACCUCGCCGUCAACAGAAGAAGACGGUUUCUUCGCUCCAUCCUUGACCGACCGAUCAUCUUCCACCUCAACCCUAAACAGUACAAGUGGUGUCGACUCAAAGACUGGCCCCUCUGUUGAACUGGUGCCUUUCGAAUCUCUCAAGGGCAAAAUAGAUCACGAUACACUCAAAGCGUUGACAUUCAAGCCGUUCCAACUUAAAGCCAUGUCUGAAGUGCAGAAGAGAGUAUUAGGUCUGAUGCCUUCGUUAGGUGGCGGGAAGCUCAGAGGACCUGCUAGGGAAGCUGCCGAAGCUGAAGGAGUGGUAAUUGAGGAACAGACGUCGGAGGCAGGGAAGGAAAGAGAAGACUUAUUGGUGAAAGCUAAGACUGGUACGGGUAAAACCAUUGCCUUCCUCGUUCCAGCUAUCGACGCACGUAUUAACAAGGUCAAUGAGCUCAUCAAGACACCCUAUCCAGAUGGUACCUUACCUGACAGAGCCGCACAGGGUAGAAAUGAGCGAGCGAUCACCCGAUCUCACGUUGGUACCUUGAUUAUCUCUCCCACUCGAGAAUUGGCCACUCAAAUCGCCAACGAAGCUUUGAAGCUAUGUACAUGGCACAAAGAGAUGCAGGUCAGGCUACUUGUCGGUGGAGAGUCGAGGCAUCGACAGUUGAAAGAUUGGAAGAGAGGUAGAAAAGACAUCGUCGUUGCCACUCCUGGAAGAUUGAAGGAUCUCUUAUCUGAAGAAGAAGUCAAAUCAGCCGUUGAAUUUACCGAUCUAUUGAUCUUGGAUGAAGCUGAUACUUUGUUGGAUAUGGGUUUCUCACAAGAUUUAAACCAUAUUAUAUCCCACCUACCGAAAGAACGUCAAACUUUCCUAUUCUCCGCUACUGUAUCUCGAGAAAUCGCAGCGAUCGCCAGGAAAUCUUUGAAACCGGGACAUAAAGUGAUUGACUGUGUGCCCAAGAAUGAAUCGAAUGUCCACCUUCAUAUCCCUCAACACUACACUAUUGUUCCCUCGGCAGCAGAUCAAAUACCGCAUAUCCUCCGACUUAUCGCUCACGAUCAACUCCUCAAUCCUCACAGCAAAGUUAUCGUAUUCCUGAACACUACUAAACUCACCAUGUUGACUGCGACCCUUGUACGAGAAUUGAAAGAAUCGUUACCAAAGGAUAUCAACGUCUAUGAGAUUCAUUCGAGAUUAGAUCAGAAUCAACGAUCGAGAGCGUCAGAAAGGUAUAGAAGAGAUACCAAACCCAGUGUAUUGAUCACUUCGGACGUUUCAGCGCGAGGAGUAGAUUAUCCCGGAGUGACCAGGGUUAUCCAAGUGGGUAUACCCGCCAGUUCUGAACAGUAUAUUCACAGAGUAGGAAGAACUGGUAGAGGUGGUAAAGAGGGAGGAAGAGGUGAUUUGGUAUUAUUACCAUUCGAGGAAGGAUUUAUCAAUCGAUUACACAAGAUUCCUAUCAAACCUGUUCCAACCAGAGAUUUAUCGGCGGAAGUACAUGCGUUAGCUAGAAAUGCGGAUGAAGAGUACGCCGAUAAAUUGGCUGGAAUCAACGAAGCUAUCACUCAACUAUUGCCUUCUUUAGACUCUGAGGCUAUCGAAGAGGUAUUCACGUCGAUGAUAGGUUAUUAUAUGGGCAAAUCGGAUCAACUUGACGUAAACCCCCAUGAGAUCUUACAAGGGUUGAAAGAUUGGUCAGUGGAAGCUGCAGGGUUACAAGAACCACCGUACCUCUCCCCUGGCUUCUUACAGAAGCUGGGUCUGGGAAGCAAUAGGAGAUCAGGAGGUGGCGGUGGUGGGUUCGGUAAUAGGUCAAGAGGUGGAUUCGGCAUGAACAAAUCCCGUUCAACCGGUGGUGGUGGUGGGUUUGGUGGAUCGAGAGAUGGAGCUCAUUCGGAACCUAGAGUAAGAAGUGGGAAUUUGUUUGGAGGAGGGGAUCGAUCAGGUUCAGGUGGAUUCUCUAACCGAAGUGGAGGUGGUGGGUAUGGUGACAGAGGAAGUAAAGGUGGUAGUUUUGGCGGUCGGGGUGGAAGGGAUUACUAA